GGGAGGCCGGGGCUUCGGCGGGCGAGAGCGGGGAGCCGAGCCGGGGCGCGCCAUGGAGACGACGACGACGGCGGCGGGCGGCGGCGGCGGCGGCAGGACCGGCUUCCAGCCGCACCCGGGCCUGCAGAAGACCCUGGAGCAGUUCCACCUGAGCUCCAUGAGCUCGCUGGGCGGCCCGGCCGCCUUCUCGGCGCGCUGGGCGCAGGAGAUGUACAAGAAGGAGGGCGCCAAGGACCCGGGGGCGCAGCCGCCGCCGCCGCCUCCUCCUCCGCCGCCGCCGCCGCCGCCGCCGGUCCUGCACCUGCCCCCCAUCCAGCCCCCGCCGCCCGUCGUGCCGGGCCCCUUCUUCAUGCCCUCCGACCGCUCCACCGAGCGCUGCGAGACCAUCCUGGAGGGGGAGACCAUCUCCUGCUUCGUGGUGGGCGGGGAGAAGCGGCUGUGCCUGCCGCAGAUCCUCAACUCGGUGCUGCGGGACUUCUCGCUGCAGCAGAUCAACUCGGUGUGCGACGAGCUGCACGUCUACUGCUCCCGCUGCACGGCCGACCAGCUGGAGAUCCUCAAAGUCAUGGGCAUCCUGCCCUUCUCGGCCCCGUCCUGCGGCCUCAUCACCAAGACGGACGCCGAGCGGCUGUGCAACGCCCUGCUCUACGGAGGCGCCUACCCGCCCCGCUGCAAGAAGGAGUUCCCCAGCGCCCUGGAGCUGGAGCUGACGGAGAAGAGCUUCAGGGUCUACCACGAGUGCUUCGGCAAGUGCAAGGGGCUGCUGGUGCCCGAGCUCUACAGCAACCCCAGCGCCGCCUGCAUCCAGUGCCUCGACUGCCGCCUCAUGUACCCCCCGCACAAGUUCGUCGUCCACUCGCACAAGUCCCUGGAGAACCGGACUUGCCACUGGGGCUUCGACUCGGCCAACUGGAGGGCCUACAUCCUCCUCAGCCAGGAUUACACCGGGAAAGAGGAGAAGGCCAGGCUCGGACAGUGCCUGGACGACAUGAAAGAGAAGUUCGACUACAGCAACCGAUACAAGAGGAAAGCGCCCAGGGUCGUCUCCGAUCCCCCCGUUUCUAAAAAAUCCAAGGCAGAUGACUCCUCUCUACCAUCCUCUACUUCUUCAUCUUCUUCCGAGAAGGACAAGCAGUCCAGUUGGUUACGGACGCUGGCAAGUUCAUCGAAUAAGAGCAUCGGUUGUGUGCAUCCCCGUCAGCGCCUCUCCGCUUUCAGGCCGUGGUCCCCGGCUGUUUCCACUAACGAAAAAGAGCUCUCCACACACCUUCCCGCCCUGAUCCGAGACAGUUUUUACUCGUAUAAAAGCUUUGAGAGUGCUGUGGCACCCAACGUUGCCCUCGCCCCUCCCGCCCAGCAGAAGAUCGGAAGCCGUCCGCCUUGUGCCACUGUCCUGUCCCGGGCCAGCGAGCCCCUCAGCAGCCCCACCCAGCCCCGGAAACGCAAGCCACCCGCGGAAAACCCAGGAAUCCCCGACCCGCUGGCCCCCGCCGCCCCCGCCGAAGAUGACAAGGAUUCCGAGGCAGAGGUUGAAGUCGAAAGCAGAGAGGAAUUCACCUCCUCCCUGUCCUCGCUCUCUUCUCCAUCCUUUACCUCAUCCAGCUCCGCCAAGGACAUGAGCUCGCCUGGAAUGCCAGCCCCCGCCCCGGCCAGCGCUGCCUUCGAGGCGGCCGCCCACGCCGAGCCCCACAGCAGCGGCUUGGAGGCCGAACUGGAGCACCUCCGGCAGGCUCUGGACAGCGGCCUGGACACCAAGGAAGCCAAAGAGAAAUUCCUGCACGAAGUGGUUAAGAUGAGAGUGAAACAGGAGGAAAAAUUGAAUGCCGCCUUGCAGGCCAAGAGAAGUCUGCAUCAGGAGCUGGAGUUCUUGCGGGUGGCCAAGAAGGAGAAGCUCCGGGAGGCCACGGAGGCCAAGCGCAACUUGCGGAAAGAGAUCGAGCGGCUGCGCGCGGAGAACGAGAAGAAGAUGAAAGAAGCCAACGAGUCGCGGAUCCGGCUAAAGCGGGAGCUGGAGCAGGCGCGGCAGAUCCGGGUGUGCGACAAAGGCUGUGAAGCGGGCCGGCUGCGGGCCAAAUAUUCAGCCCAGAUCGAGGACCUCCAGGUGAAGCUGCAGCACGCGGAAGCCGACAGGGAGCAGCUCCGAGCCGAUCUGCUGCGGGAGCGGGAGGCUCGGGAGCACUUGGAGAAAGUCGUCAAGGAACUUCAGGAGCAGCUGUGGUCUAAAUCCGGCAGUCAGACAGACGGCCAAAGCACACACAACCUGGGAAACUGAAAUCCAAAACGGCCAAGUCACAUUAUCUCUCCACGUCCCGAACCCUGCCCACCCAGGUCCAGCGAGGGAGGGAGCGUGCUCACCGGUGCCUGGGGGCACCGGCGGGGAAGUGGGGGGGUGGGCAGAGGUGCGCCCCACAGAAAAGGAGACUUGGUCAAGAGCUGGAGGGCAGGUGUUCCUCUCUGAGACAGAAGCACUGAAUUUAGCCUCUUUUUUGGGUUUUGUUUCUCCCCCGCCCCGCCCCCGAAUCCACAUAGCACAACAUCUUCCUGUGCCUACGACCCCUCCCCUCCUGUUCCCCCUCUCCCGCCCCCAAGUGUUUCGAAUCUCCACCCCUUUGGUGUCCACAGCCAAAUUUUCUGCUGGCCAAACUCGAGCCGAGCAUCUCUGGCCCAGCCAAGGGCGCAGAAGCCGGUGGCCCCCAGGACUUUGCUUUUCUGCCGUCCUGCCCGCCGGGACCCGUCGGAAUUCAAACUUCUUGUUUAUAAGCUAUUUAAAAUGACCGUAAAGACUUGGAACGAAACAAAAUUAACAAGUUUUUAUUUUUUUGUCUUUUUUUUCUUCUUCUUCUUUUAAAUAUCGUGAACUUUCCCAAAACACUUGAUGCACAAUUUUUAAGGACUUGUUACACCCGGAUCUGGGGUUCCCGGGGAGGCCCCCUGCGAACUCCGUUCCGUCCCAAGACUCUCCUCCCCCAGGGAGUCAGAAGCCAUCGCAGUUAAACCUUCUCACGGACCUCUCUGGGAGAAAUUUCCGUGGGCUUUUUCAGAGUGUCUCUCUCUUUCUCUCUUUCUCCCUCUCUCCUUUUCUCCCUCUUUUCCUCUCACCCUCUCUUCCCCCCUUUCUCUUGCUCUCUUGCUCUCUCGUUCCCUCUCUUUUUGUAAAAAGUGAUAAAUGCCCAGUUUUCCCGUGCCGCCACGGGAAAGAAGAGGGGACAUUUGAGAGAGGUGAGCUGCAACAAUCGUCAAGCCUUACCGACUUCCCUCUCUCGAUCAGGCCAUAUUGAAAAGCUGAUGUGCUCACAAACUCUGCCCCCAGCAGCACUUCGGCUGGAAAGCAAACAGAAGAAUGAACUGUUGAGUUGGUUGAAAGAUGGACAACAAGAAAACGCCUUUUGAAGUCAUCUGGAAAUCUUUCGUUUCAUCUGCGGCUUUCUGGAGAAUUCUCUUUCGUUACAUCUUUGUCUUAAAAACAGUAUUUACCACUUGUUCAGAGGUGUCGAAGUACUGUGCCGGUUGAGUAUACCAUUCUCCCUCACAUACCCCCUCCGUUUGUGCAUGUGCACAUGCACACACACACACACCACCCACCUCACUUCCCCUCACCUCCCCUCACCUGAGCACCCACUGCUGUGAAUUAAGGCUACAUCUUUCAGUUCAACAGGAAUCACAACCUUCAUUUUUGGGGUUCAGGCUGUAGCAUUGAAACAAAAAUGCAGGAUCCCCUCACCUCCCCGCAGCCCCGGCUGUUCUCUAGUUUUUGUUUCCAGAACCGCACCUCAUUGACAUCCUCUCCCCCAGCUCCCUACUUAGUGGUCCCACACCCCAGCUGUCUCUGGAAGAGGUCGCCCCUUUUGGUGUCAAUACUUGAGAGACGCUCAGACUUGGGCCCACCGGUAUCCUGGUUUCUGUCUGAGCGCCUGACCUCUGGGGAGGGCUGAGGCACGGGCCUCCCACCGGCCUCUCUGCCCCGGGCCUGCCACAUAAGGAGACCCCCACCCCCCACCGAGGUUCCUGUCCUCUGGCCCGAGGAAGGGCCAGAACCCAACAGGGCCGCGGGCAUCGACUCCAGAUAAUCUCACGGACUUUCAGCUGUUUUAUGCAAAAUUGUGAACGGUCGCCUCACGUCCCAAAUAGCCCGCAGUUUCCCGGGAGGCCAGCGAUGGACCGCCCACCCUAAAAUGAGAGUAUCCUUUUCCGCGGAAGCCCCAAGACUUCAUCCACACCGUCGACUCCAUCCCAAUGGCCCCGGUGGUUGUGAGCAUUAACAGAUGACUCUUGUGAGGUACAGAAAGCGAAGAGGAAUUAUUGACACAGCUGCUGGGUGAAGCCACAACUCUAAACUGUCAUGCCAAUUGAAAUUAGGUGAAAAAUUCCUUUUCCGGGGUUUUGACCUUGUUUUGUGACGGGGACUCGGUUCCUGUUUUCGAUCUCCUCUUCCUUCGAAAGUGCAAUGCAAAAGAAACAUUGAUGAUGUUUAUGCAGCGUUUUAUGUAGGGGUUUUAUUUUUUGCUUCUUUGUAUGUUUUUCUUUUGCAGUUAUGACAAAUUCAUAUGCAUGGAGUUUAAAAUCUCUGCCGUACGUAUAUUUGUUAAUGGGCAUUAUUAUUGUGCGUGUUAAAGGGUUUAUUUUGUUACGCGAGAUGCAGAAUACUGUCUUCAACCGUACGCUUUCCAGAUCUGUCUCUUUCCGCCAUCUCUUCAAGGGAAACUCUUAAGUUAUAUAGUUUGAGCCGAGCUUUUUGAGCGCGUCUGCGUAUUUCCUUGAGACUGUGCUCUAUUGCCAAGUCGAGAAAUCACAGCAAGAACCCCGAGCAGCUGUUUCCUGGAGCCGGCUUCCGAAGGCGGGGCCGGGCCGGGCUGAGCGGGUGGCUGGUCUCUGCCUCACGGGACGGGCAGAUUUAGGGGCUGGCUGGGUGUUGGGGGUUGGGGGGCGCGGUUGUGUGCAUGUGAAGGUGGGGGGACAGUUCCCCAGAGAGGCACCCCUCCACCUGGCCGAUUGGGGAAAGGGGAGGGUGGAGGUUCGGGGUCUUGGCUCGGAAGAAGCUGGUCGCCGAGCAAGGUCGUGCUGGCUAUCCCGGGGCCGGCUGGGCCACUCAAAACCCACAGGGAUGGCGGGGGUGGGGAGGGGGAGGCAGCGCCAAGAUCAGAGAGCGAGAGUAAGACCAAAACAAUCCUUCCCAAACGACGCUGAACCAUGUGAACAAAGCACGGGAACAAAUUUUCUUCACCAGCAGCUCGUUAUCAUGUUGUUUCUCAGUUCAUUUUUCUUAAGUGUUUGUGUGAGCAAAAAAAAAAAAAACUACAAAAAAACCCCAUCAUCUAGCUGUUUGUGACCUUUAGAGGACUCUCCUCGCCGCCUCCGGCCCCUCUGUCACGGUUUUUAUCGCCCGAUCAUUUUGGAUCGAGGAUGAUCGGGGGACAGAUGGGACCGGGGCUCUGGCCCCAGCUCUCCCCCCCCCCCCGCGCCCUCCCCGCCCCCCGGCCCCAAUUCCCUCUCCCACGUAGGGAGCGGGUUCUCUGUGUGAUUUAGCCUGGGCAGGGGCCAGGGGGAGGUCCCGCGGCCUGGCACCAUAGUCAGGUGGGCACCGGGCUCUAUCUCCUUUAGGAAGUUAAAGGGAGAAGAGGGGUCUUCCCAGCUGUUGACUCUCCCUGUACUUAAACUAUAUUCCCUAGAUAAUUGUGUAUCCGUUUAAUUACUCAAUGUUUCUAUACUGAAAGAAGGCUUAACGAAGGGAAAAACCAACAGCAAUAACAUUCAUAUCUAUGGAGCAGCUAACUAGUGCACAUAAUAUUCUGCUUUUCAAACAGAACUAGCCAAUGUAAAAAAAAAAAAAAGAAAAAAAAAGAUAAAAUGUAAAUACUUUUUUUUUUUCAUUUUACACCGUUGUAUUAUACGUGUAUAUGGUUGUUACUCUUUCAGAAACUUUUUCUUACCCGGUAGGUUGUCUUGUUUUUUCCGAGUUGUGUUUUUAACAAAGAAAAAUCUUUGCUGUCUGUUAGGAAAAAAGAGAAAAAAAAAAGAAAAAAGUUUUUUGCAAGUUUUCAACGUGGGUUAACUUUCUCCAUUUUUGCAUUUUGGGUUCUUAUUUUCGUUGUAAAACGUUUUCUUAUAAAAGGUUGAGUGCCCCCCCCUUCUCCCCCGGCCCCCGUCUCCCCUUGCCACUCCUCUCUCCGUCUAGCCCCCCCGUCCCGGCCCCACACCCAAUCCCCACCCCACCGGUCGACGUGUUUUAGAGGGAGGUUUUGUUUGUUUUUUAAUCAAAGAAUUCAUGUGACAUUUUUUCAAUUGAGGAAAAAAAAAAUCUAUCCAUUUAUAAUAGCCGAUAGCAUUUCAGCACAUUUUUGUUAUCCUGUUUUCUCCUAUGCUGCUGCUAAUGACAAUAUUAUGACUUACUCUACUCUUCUAGAACUAUUUUUAUGUAAUUAAUGUAUGCUUUCUUGUUUAUAAAUGCCUGAUUUAAAAAAAAUGAGAAAAAGCUUGGCAUAUUUAUCGAUUUCGCUGUGUUCCUUGUUAGUCCUUCACCCCGCUCCCUCCCCCAUUUCCACAGCCCCCCUCGCCCCCGAAACAGAUAAUAUUGUAAAAUAAAGGACUUUAUGAGAUUAUGUAUGAAAAUAGCUAUGCUUAUAUACCACAGUGACUGAAUGUACAGUGUAUAGACGCAUUACCUAAAAUAAAAUUGUUUGUCCAGAA